AUGCGAGGCCAUGUUACUCUGUUGGUGUUGCUGAUGCUGACGCCGACUCGGCAGCAGUCAGUGGAUGAAAUGAAAGUUUAUUGGUCCGAACCGUGGCAGCAUCGCAUCAUGCGAUGCACCUUGAAUGGCACCGAUUUAGAGAUCUAUCGAAGUGGCCUCGCCAAUCCAUAUGGAGUCGCCAUCGAUUUGCCAAAUGCCAUGAUUUACUGGGCGGUGAACAAGAAGAUCCAGCGCGCACAUCUUUCAGAUCUUGUCACGGUUGAGGACUGGAUUCCUGAAAGCGAAGGCCUGGCCUUCCCAGGUGGCCUCGCGCUGGAUGAGACGAAUCGCAUGCUCUAUUGGGUGGACAUGACCAACGACAAGGUGCAGCGAAAAUCAUUGGAUGGUGGGUCCAUCGAAGAUGUCUCCACGGGUGAAUCGACACCUCAGGGUGUAGCGGUGGAUACCAAUGGAGAGCAGGUCUAUUGGGUGAGCUUGGGAGAGGACAAGGCCGCAGUCUAG